AUGGCUAAUGCAAUUCAAGAUGUCUUCCCUAAAACAAAGCAUAGGUGGUGUUUGUGGCACAUCAUGAAAAAGGUUCCUGAAAAAUUUCAAGGGUAUAACAAUUAUGUUGGGAUCAAGUGUGAUAUAAAAUCGCUUCUCUAUGACUCUAGUAAUGCAGCAGACUUUGAAAAUGGCUGGAAUCGACUACUUAUCACACAUACCUUACAAAAUAAUGAAUGGCUAUGUAAUCUGUAUGAAGAGAGACAAAAAUGGGUCCCUUGUUACUUGAAGAAUCAUUUUUGGGCUGGUAUGUCCACAACUCAAAGAAGUGAGGGAAUGAAUGCUUUCUUUGAUGGAUUUAUCAAUUCCAGUACCACACUUCAACAGUUUGUAGUGCAGUACGAUAAUGCUCUUAAAUUCAAGGCCCAAAAAGAAAUUGAAGCUGACUUCUCCUCUCUUAAUACCAAUAUUGCAUGUGGGUCUCAAUCACCAAUUGAGAGACAAUUUCAAGUUCAGUACACACAUGCAAAAUUUGAGGAAGUACAAAUGGAGUUUCGGUCCAGGAUGAAUUGUUUCAUCAAGAACACGGUGAAGGACUGUAUUUUCAACAAGUACACAAUAAAAGAAGAGUACAUGUCGGAUGGGAAUUGUGACGCAAAAUAUUACGUCGUUGAAUUUGAUCCUGUUACAAACGAUACAAGGUGCUCUUGCCUACUGUUUGAGUUUAGAGGCAUCAUAUGUCGCCAUUCGUUAUUGGUUCUGGGGCAGGAAGAUGUACAGAAUGUCCCCUCCAAAUAUGUUCUUCGUCGUUGGAGCAAACUUGUUCGAAGAAAGCACACACUUAUUAGAGCAUCUUAUAGUCAAGUGCAUCAGGAACCGAAGAUGCAAAGAUAUCAAUCGUUGUGUAAGCGGUUCUAUGACAUAGCUGAGGCUGCGUGUGAAUCUAAAAGUGCUUCUAAUGACUUGGAGAAAGAAUUGGAAUGUUUAGCUCAAAAAUUGGGUUUCACUCCAUCACUGAAAAAUAACAUCAUAAGUGAGGAAGGACAACUAAGGUAUGAGAAUCCUUUGACCGAUAAUCCAUCCAACCAUACAUGUGGAAGCACUGAUGUACUUGUUCGAAGUCCAGUCGCGGUUAAGCGAAAAGGCAGACCAAGAACUAAUAGAUUGAAGUCAGCUGUUGAAAAAAGAACUAAAAAAUCAAAAUCGGCUCGAACAAAACAUUCUUCAACAACAUCUGUUCAACCAGCGGAAACCACAACAAGUACUGUUGCAGAACUGCAUCACCGCGUGGAACAUACAACCCAAAGCAAUGAAGUUUCCCAACUAUCUGAAGUUCCUCCAAUUGGAUUUAUCCAAUUGUUAUCUGCUGUUCAUAACAAUUUCCAUAAUUCAUAG